UUAAGAUAUACAGGUUGAACAUCGGCCUAUGAUAUUAUGCAUUUUUCAAGACCGUCAAACUGAGUCUCCAAAUCAGCUGUGGAACUACCGACUGGCGCCAUCUAGCUACAUUUAUGCGGAAACUCAACAAUCCAAAACGUACUAUGGCAACGGUCGAGUGUUAGCAGGAUCAUUUUUAAUUUCUUUUAGGUCUGAUAUUGAUAUGACCGGUAUAGAUUCUAAAAAGAACAACAUGUACACAAUUGUUAUAAACACCGGCGGUUUCACAGCAGUGUAUACAGAUAACAUACGGUACAACUGCAGGAAGGUUGGUGCCGUUGGGUGGUCAUUUGGACCAGAAACUUGCCUCAUUAUUCCAUAAAACUUCUAUUAAGAUAAAUACAAAAAUGAAAGACAGAAAUGGUCAUAGUUUCGUACUUUGUAAUGAUGUGUAAGAUGCAUUAAAAUAACAAUAUAGUCCAUGCGAAGCAAAUACUGCUACUGGUUGUGCUACAUUUUCUCCUAGACUUUGCCACAUAAAGACUAACCUAUGGUUUGCCUUCAAGUUGCUUUCUUGUUUGGAUUCAAUUUCAUCUCCACAGUCUUCUAACCCUGUAUAUGUUAGCGUCCUACUAUUCACACUAAUACUCUUCCUUAAGAACAUUUCAUCCAAUAAAAGUAUGCCUUUUCGUUGAAAUUUAUUUUUGGUUGAAAAUUUCUUUUUUAAAAGUUUGAAUAAAUUUGGAUCAAAUCCACAACCGAUUUUUAUGGCAAGUAAAUAUUUCCGAACUGUGUUGAUGCAUGGCAAAGGAAGAAUAUUAUGGUCACGCAAAAAUUUAUACCCACUUGGUGAUCUAAAUGAAAGCAAAUCAUUAAAAUAUCUACUACAACUCAUGAUGUACAGCUAUACCUUAUUUGAAACAACAAACAGAGUAAUAUCCAGUUUUCAGAAUAUUUUCUGUUUUUAGGGUUAACAACUUUAGAAGCUUUAAAUAUCUCAAAAAUUAAGUCCUUUUGACUGUUAGGAACAUUAGAGUUCUCUAAAAUUUGAUUUAAAUUUUUAUCUGAUAUUUCAACCAUUUCGUUUUUAAUUGUAUUUAAAGCUUCAUACAUAUUAUUUAUUUUUAUAGUUGCUCUUAAAUAAUUUUUUUUGACAAUGUCCUUUGUUUUUUGCAUUUUAUCAAUCUUUUUCUUUUUGUUGGGUGAAAAAUAUAUCCUUGAAUUAAGUCUAGCUUUUUUAUUUUUAAUAAUGUACCAUAGCCUUUUGCACCAUACACAAAUUUUACUGUUAACAUAAUAUUUAAAUAAUUAAAGUGUUAGGACUUUUUACCACUUAUUAUAGAUAUAGAUAAUAUUAUAAGUUGAAAUAUCAUAAAACAAUAUUGAAAUCACCUUCCAUUAAUAUCAUUAAUAAUUAUUUUUGUACAAUUGGAAUGCCGCCAUUGACCAUACGAUUCAACAAAUUGUGGGCCAAAAGUUGAUUUAAUUUCAGUGUAUUUACUGGUUAAUAUUGAACCAUGACACACUUGUAAUUUGUUCAACAACCCUAUGACAUGUUCCAAAUCUUCUACACUUUCUGGUUUGUAAUCAGAAGACAAACCAAUAUCUUCAGUAUUUAUUACCGUACCAUAUAUAUGGAUGAUUAAGGUAGAAUCUAUUAAACACAAAUGUUAUAAAAUUGUAACUAACUUUAAUCAUAAUUGUAAUUAUUAUUUGUUGGAUAUAAUAUGUUAAUCAUACCUAAAGUCAAAAUUAUUUGUUUUUCUAUGGCUCUUGAGAAGUCAUCUCUAUAAGGGCCCAAAAUGUGAAAUCCAAUAAAAGUUUCUAUAUUAUUUGAUUUAUGCCCAAUAUCAAUGUACCAUUUUG